CCAACUUUAAUUAAUAGAGAAAUAUUAAUUAAGGGAAAUUAUCAUAGACAAAUUGGAAAUAGUGAGUAUAACUUAUCACACAUAGCUAACAAUGACUAGUCGAAACCACAUAUUACUAACAAAGGAUCAAGUGGGACCUACACUCUUGCUUAUAACCACACAACCAUAUGACUAAACCAUCCAUUCAUUUCCACUUCCUGAGAAGGGAAAAAUCAGAAAACAAGCUCUCUCCACUUCUCUCUCCCUCACGUUCUACCACCACCACCACCACCACCAAAAGCUCUAUCUUCAUCUCCAACCACCUAUUCACAUCAGAAAUUUAGCAUGCAAUUGAGGAAUCAGCUUCAUAAGUACUGCAUUAACCAAGAUAAAGUCUCAAACACUACCCCUUUCACCUUCCUCUCAAUUGUAACUCGCCCAAAUCUCCACCAAACAUGUUAGUAAUGCACUAAUUCCUUGAUUCUAGACCUGCGCACCUCUAUUCGGAACUUGUAGCAGCAAUGGGUAGUCCUAAAACACAAGAAUUGAUGAAAACAAUGAAGGAUUAGAGAGGGACUGUUAUCGCAGGUUUGCCUAGCGAAUCGGGCUUCUCGCUUAGCGAGGAGCAGCAGAACAACUUGCUUCUGCAUGUUGCUGUUUCCAUUUCUGCCCAGCCACUCUUGAUUAUCGAGGCUUGGUUAAAUAAUUGGAGCUAAGCAUGGAUUUAAAAGUGGAAAUCAGAACCACUAUAGAGGAAAAUGGAAGCUUAAGAGCAAGAUUCAAGGUCUGGGUUUGGAAGAAGCAACCAAAUUGAAGGGAUUGAUAAUCAAGGUACAUGAAUCGAGACGAAUUUCCCUACAGUUUGAGUAUCCCUUUCAUAGGUUUUGGUUUGGUAAUGAGGUCUGGAGAUGCGUUUAAAGAUGGGGUCUGAUGCUGUGAUUUUUGGCUGCAGGUUUCUACGUGUUUAAGUCACACGAACUGAUGCAUAAGUGUGGAAUCUCGAAUUCACUCAAGGAUUUUCAUCUACGGAUUGAGAUGCGAGCAAGAUUAUCUGGAGGACACUUUAGGAUGAUUAACGAGAAGCUAUACACUUGCACUGGGAAGGAGGCGCUUCAUUAUUUCCGUGAAGAUUCAUCUCUAUUUAACUUGUAUCAUGCAGGAUACAAAACACAAAUGUCUAAUUGGCCAGAACAGCCAGUUAAUGUAAUUAUUAAGUGGCUGAAAAAACAGAGUCCUUCUUUUGUUGUUGCUGAUUUUGGCUGUGGGGAAGCGCUCAUUUCCAAAAGCUUGAAGAAUACCGUCUUCUCUCUAGACCUUGUCUCCAACAAUCCUGUUGUAAUUGCUUGUGAUAUGGCAACUACUCCACUAAAUUCCUCAGCUGUUGAUGUUGCUGUGUUCUGUCUUUCAUUGAUGGGAACCAACUAUCAAACUUACCUUGAAGAAGCAUACAGGGUGCUUAAGCCAGGCGGCUGGCUCUUGAUAGCUGAAGUGAAGAGCAGGUUUGAUCCAAAUAAUGGAGGAGCAGACCCCGAGAAGUUUUCAAAGGCUAUUUCUGAGUUAGGAUUUAACUAUGUGAAAAGGGACGUAUCAAAUAAAAUGUUUAUUUUGUUUUACUUCACGAAAAAGGUAAAGCAAAAUUCUAAAGGGAAGGAAAUUGAAUGGCCAUCACUUAAACCUUGUUUGUACAAGCGUCGUUGAGACUAUGAUCAUUAUUUUAGUUUAGAUUUUUAUACACUAUUGUUAUAUGGACGAAAGUCAAUCAGAUUUCUUGUUAGCAUGGCUAGUGAAUCACAAAAGCUCUUGCACUAUUUACAUUCAA